CUUCACUUUCGUCAACAUGUCUACACACAGAAAGAAAACUAGGAAACUAAGAGGGCAUGUUAGCCACGGGCACGGUCGUAUCGGCAAACACCGUAAGCACCCUGGAGGUCGCGGUAACGCUGGUGGUAUGCACCAUCACAGAAUUAACUUCGACAAGUACCAUCCUGGUUAUUUCGGAAAGUUGGGUAUGAGAAAUUACCACGAACGAAAAAACACCAGAUGGAAUCCGGCUAUUAACCUAGACAAAUUGUGGACUUUAGUUAGCGAGCAAACUAGGCUAAAGUACAAAAAUCACCCCGAUGGAAAGGCUCCAGUCAUUGACAUUGUUAAAGCUGGUUAUUACAAACUUUUGGGAAAGGGACGCCUCCCUGACCAACCUGUCAUAGUGAAAGCGAAAUUCUUCUCAAAAUCAGCCGAAGAUAAAAUUAAAGCUGUAGGCGGAGCAUGCGUAUUGUCAGCAUAAUUUGUUACAAUAAAUUUCUUAAAUAAGUA